AUGGGGAUCCUGGGCCACUUACCGACGGUCGGUAAGCAACAGCAACAACCAGUGAUAUACUCUGGCCACAAAUAUCAACAGCAAGACAAAAAUGCAUCCAGGUUGUCAACGAGGUGGAGUUCCAUUAAGCCAUCUGCUACAAUGGAAAAUUUACAAUAUAUUCCUACACCAAUCGAAAGGAAAAUUGAAAGUGUCGAAGUACACGCAUCAACAGUAAAAUCUUGUUCUGAAGAAGAUUCUUCAGAUUCUGCUUCAACUUCUUCAUCGAGCUCGUUGAUCUCAAGACGAUCGGCUUCACCAUCUACGUCAAAAAAACCUGCUUCGCCAAAACCUUCUACAUCAAAACCACCUGCUUCACCAAAACAACCUACUUCAACACCUUCUACAUCUAAGGCUUCGAAUGAAGCAAAUCAACUAGCUGCAGCGAUCGCUUCAAUUUCAAAGCCGCCACCACAAUCAAAAACCAUUAUUAUUGAUCAAGAUCAAGAUCCAUGUGUAAAGAAGAGAAGAAUUGCUCAUCAAUCAAAAAUCCCAACAAAAAAUUAUAACAAAAUGGAUCCAAUCGAUAUGAACCAAAGUAUGGAAGAAGUUGUUGAUGAUGAUUUAGUCAUUCAUAUUUUUGAUGAAUACGCCGACAACAAUAAUGAAGAUGAUGAGGAUGAUGAGGAUGAGGAUGAUAAUGAUGAUGGCUAUGACAGCCAGGGGGAAACAAUCAUCUUAAGUGACGAUGAUGAUUAUAUCGGCGAUGAUGAUGAUGAUGACGUUUUAAUAAUUGACCUCGAUCCUGAGGAAAUGUUGGAGCUUUUCGAAGAUGAGCCUCAAAACUAG